AUGGGAGUUGCUGUACUAGAACAAGCCGGGCCACAGUCUCUUAGAGAGUUUGAUAGGUAUGUCGAUAGGCAUGUUGUGAGCUGUUGGGGCCCCAAUAGCUCAGCUUGUAGUGUAGCCAGGGUGGUUGCUGAUGUCGUUUUUCCCAUUGAGACGGUGUCGAUCCCCCGCCCUUUUUCCAAAUUCCGGCCCUCAAUUAUUAGGAAUUAUACCAAUUUAAUAUGUAUUCAACCUUGCUCACCUGUUGCUCUCCCUACUAAGUUUUCUGAUAACAGUGCCACCCUUUCAGAAGUAUUAUCUACGUCUAAAGCUGCCAAAAACCCAUACUGGAAUGUUGGGCUCCUAAACAUCAGAUCUCUAUCCACAAAGGCCUUAUUGAUUAAUGAUCUGAUGUCUAAAUGCAGCCUGGACCUGGUUGGACUCACCGAAACCUGGUUAAAACUUGACGAAUAUUUCCCCCUGAAUGAAGCAUUGCCUCCGGAUUUUGCGUACUCACACAUCCCUCGUGUUUCAAAGAAAGGUGGUGGUGUUGCUAUGAUAUAUAAAGCUAGCUUCAACCUCAGCCUAAAAUCUGUAAAUUCCUUUAAAUCAUUUGAGAUAAUUUGCAUGAAACCACUAACUACUUUAAAAAGGACUAAUUCUACUACUGUUGCCCCCCCUCCCUCAUUUUGUAUAGUUACUCUAUACCGGCCCCCUGGCCCAUGUUCCCUCUUCCUAGAGGAAUUUGCUGAUUUUAGUGCUGAUCUUGUGACAUAUACUGACAAUAUCUUAAUUAUGGGUGAUUUUAACAUUCAUGUGGAUGACCCAAAAGAUCCUCUAAGUAAGGCCUUUACUGCUUUAAUGGAUUCCACAGGUCUCACUCAGGUGGUUUCUAAACCUACCCAUCUUCACUCGCAUACAUUAGAUUUAGUUCUCACGCGGGGAAUCAAGAUUAGUGAUGUCAUUGUCCACCCCCACAAACCUAUUUUAUCAGACCACGGCCUGGUAACAUUUAAAAUGGAUCUCUGCCAGAGCCUUGGAGGCACCCAGAAUAUUUAUAUUAGCCGCUGCUUAACCCCAAACACAGCUCUGGACCUGGCUAGUAUUCUACCCGCUGCACUAGAAGCACUUGACGUCCCAAAUAAAUCAUUAAAUACUAAAACAAGGGAUCUGAAUUUGGUUCUUCAGCAAUCCCUAGAUUCUGUUGCCCCACUCAAACCAAGGAAAAGAAAAGACAAGAAAUUGGCUACAUGGUAUUCAGAGGAAACCCGCACUCUCAAGAGGUCCACUAGAAAAUUGGAGCAUAAGUGGCGUACCACUAAAUUAGAGGUUUUCCGCCAGGCCUGGAAGGACAGCCAAAUAGAGUACAAGCAAGUCCUCAUCAGGUCCAGAUCAGAAUAUUUCACUAAGUUGAUUAGUAAGAACAAACACAACACUAAGUUCUUAUUUGAUACUGUUGCAAAACUCGAUUCCUCGAAACCCACUAGCUGCCUUCUCGAUCCCCUCCCUGCCAAACUUUGUAGGGAGCUUCUCCCUAUUAUUGGACCACCCAUGCUUAGUAUUAUUAAUGAAUCUAUUGUAACUGGACAAGUCCCUGACGAUUUCAAACAAGCUAUUAUUAAGCCCCUUCUUAAAAAAACAAACCUGGAUCCAGGUUGUCUUAGCAAUUACAGGCCAAUUUCAAAUUUGCCAUUUCUCUCCAAAGUUUUAGAAAAAGCUGUGGCAAAACAGCUUACUGAGCACCUCUCCUCAAAUCAGAUCUAUGACCUCCAGUCUGGAUUUCGUCUUUACCACAGCACUGAAACUGCAUUAGCCAAGGUAGUCAAUGAUCUAUUAUUAGCCUCUGACGAGGGCUUCAGCUCUGUCCUGGUUCUUCUAGACCUAAGUGCAGCUUUUGACACUGUGGAUCAUGAGAUUCUCCUGGAACGUAUGGAGAACUAUGUUGGGAUUUCUGGUACUUCACUUCAGUGGUUUGGAUCGUAUCUAUCUGAUAGAUCACAAUAUGUCCACUAUGAUGGUUCCUCAUCCAGGAGCUCCACUGUAAAAUACGGAGUACCACAGGGUUCAGUUCUAGGCCCUUUGUUAUUUUCACUCUAUAUGUUGCCUUUAGGAAACAUAAUUAGAAGUUUUGGGGUACAUUUUCACUGUUAUGCAGAUGAUACUCAGCUAUACAUGUCUAUAAAGCCUGGAGAAUUUCCACAUGCUAUGGAAAAAUGUGUUUCUGGGUUGAAAACUUGGAUGACAGCAAAUGUCCUUCUUCUAAAUUCGGAUAAAACCGAGGUUCAAAUUUUUGGCCCAAAAAAGCACAGAAAUAAUCUAUCCAAUCGGACAUUAGACUUAGACGGCGUCAAUGUAUCUCAAAGCCAGCUGGUAAAAAAUCUAGGAGUCACAUUGGACCCAGACCUUUCGUUUGAGUACCAUAUUAAGCAAAUCACCAGAACCGCAUUUUUCCAUCUACGUAAUAUUGCCAAAAUACGAAAAUUCCUCUCGAAGGAUGAUGCUGAAAAACUAAUACAUGCUUUUGUUACAUCCCGAUUGGACUACUGCAAUGUGUUGUUCUCUGGCCUCCCAAUUACCUACCUAAAAGUUUUACAGCGGGUGCAAAAUGCUGCUGCUAGACUAUUGACUAAAACAAGAAAGUUUGAUCAUAUAACAUCUACUCUUAUCUCUUUACACUGGCUCCCUAUCCAAGCCAGAGUUGAUUUCAAAGUUUUACUACUAACUUACAAAUCUCUGCAUGGAUUGGCACCACUGUACCUCUCCGGUCUCCUUGCACCCUAUUGCCCCGCUUCGACACUAAGAUCGCAAGAUGCCGGCUAUCUGGUAAUGCCCAAAGUUAAGAAAAAAACAGCUGGAGGUAGGGCGUUCUCAUAUAGACCACCUCUUCUCUGGAACAAAUUACCCAUCUCAAUUAAGGAGGCUGAUACUGUUUCGACAUUUAAAACUAGAUUAAAAACGUUC